CCCCUCUCCCAGCUCCCCUCUCCCUCCCGGCAGGGGUGCAGCUAAUAAUAAGCGCCCGAGGGGGGUUAUAAAGGCAGGGCGGGAGGCAAGUGUCAUGCGGGCGGCUCGACUGGCCCUGCAGCAGCGGGGAGGCGGCACAGCCUAAGGAGGCGGCUUUAUUUAUUGUUUAUUUUAUUUCGCGAGCACUUUGCCAUUGCUGCUGGUCUGCAAUGCUGCAGGGGAGUUCGCCGCCGAGCUGAUCGCCAGCAGCGAAAGCGGAGGACGCUGAGCGUCGCAGGAAGGGCUGGACGGCCGGCAGGGCGAUGAAGCGCCGCAAGCUGGCCGUGGCCGCCGGCUUCUGCCUUUCCUUCUUGCUGGGCACUUUGCUCAACGUCUUGUUCAUCCCGGCCUUUGAUCUGCAGCAGCGGCGGCAGCAGCAGGCGGCGGGCUCGCCUUCCGUCGUUCCUGAGGAGGCUGAGCGCAGCAGCCGCGGGGACUUGGCGCAGCAGAUCCGAGAGCGCUACCAGGAGGUGCUGCGCUACCAGAGACGGCAGCGGGAUCGGGCGGCGGCGGCAGUUCCCGGGGCCAGGCUGCUGACGAGACCCUUGGAGCGACGGCUGAUGGACCUCGCUCCCGGGAGGCUCGCCUCCUCCGCCUCCUCGGAGAGGAGCCCGGCCAACCCGCCCGCGCCCCGGGCCACCCCCGGGGAGCCCAGCGCCCAACUGGAGCUGUCUCUCAGCCCGCUCCGCCUGGGGUGCCGCGACAUCGGCAACGUGACCGGUGUGCAUUACUUGGGCUCCGGCUACACCAAGGCCGUCUACAAAGCCGUGCUCAACCGCAGCCUGGCGGUGGCUCUGAAGUCGGUCGAUUUCGGCGGCCACGACAUCGACCACUGCUUGAAGCUCUUCGGGGCUCUGGAAGACUGUUACCGGCUGGCCUCCUACAAGCUCAUCAAGGAGAUGAUCCUGCUGCAGAGGCUGCGGCACCCCAACGUCCUGCAGCUUUAUGGCUACUGUUAUCAGGAUAGCAAUGACAUCUCAGACACGCUGACCACAAUCACAGAACUGGGCUCGCCACUGGAGAUGAUACAGCUCUUACAGACUUCGUGGGAGGACAGAUUUCGAAUAUGCUUCAGCUUAGUUCGGCUUCUGCAUUAUCUUGCCCACUCCCCCCUUGGCUCUGUGACGCUGUUGGAUUUCCGACCUCGGCAGUUUGUGAUAGUGGAUGGAGAGCUCAAAGUGACAGAUUUGGAUGAUGCCAGCAUCGAGGAGACGUCUUGUACUAGCAAUAGAGACUGCUUCAUGGAGUUCCCAGCGAGAAACUUCAGUUUGCCUUGCUCUGUUGAAGGAAAAUGUCAGAGCAUGAAUGAGAAGAGGAAUCUCUACAAUGCAUACAGGUUCUUCUUUACGUAUCUUCUGCCGCAUAGUGCCCCUGCCUCCCUGAGACCAUUACUGGAUGUGAUAGUCAAUGCCACAGGAGAACUUCAUUGGGGAAUAGACACAACUGUUGCUCACUUAGAAAGAGUUUUGCAUUUAUACAAGAGUGGCCUCUACCUUGAGAACACGACAAGGACUCCCAGAUCUGGCUAUAGAAGGAUGCCUGAAGCCACUAUUGCCAAUGAGAAUUACAGAUGCUGGCCAUCCUACCAUCACAAGGGAUGUCUUCUCUCUGUGUUUGAUGUUAAUGAGGCCAUGGAAAUUUGUGAGAACCAUUCACAGUGCAAAGCUUUUGUUCUGACCAACCAAACAACAUGGACAGGUCGGCAGCUUGUGUGCUUUAAGAUGGGAUCCACAUCCAUUAUGUCAGACCAUGACAAGACAACAUAUGUGAAAGUGAUGAACUGAAAUAGAAAGUUCAACUCUAUGCAGGUUUACUCAGAAGUAACUCCCAUGAAGUUAAGUUUUCCUUAUUCCCCAGUAUAUGUGCAUAGGAUUGCUGCCCAAGUCCAGCUAGUAAAUAAUGGAAGCAGUUUGCAUAUAAGUUGCAUUGAAGGAAGCUGAGGAUGGAGAAGGAAUUGCACUAUCACUCAUUCUCAUCUACGGGGUGUGAAACCAAACUUUAAAGAAGAGACCUGUAUGACCAGGAUGAAUGUGCAAUAGGAUGACAUUUUUAAAAUGUGAUUGUGUUAUAAAAAAAGAAGAAUGAAAUCCAAAAUGUGAUACACUGUGUGGCUAUCCAUAGAUUGUUAGAAAGCAAAGGUCAGCUUUAGGUUGCUUUCCCUGUUAGAAUUAUAAAUGUUAUGUUACGCGGGGUGGGGGUGGGGGGAUGUUGAAUACAGUUGGGCUGGAAAAUUCUUGUUUCCAUAAGAAGCUUGAGACUUCUGUUCAAAUAUUUAUGUGGGCAAGUACAAUCACCACAGUAUUGAAAGUGCUUAUGAGUUCCAAAGCUAAAUAUUGAACCUCUUGGAAGACAAUCAGUGCUCAUGUUUUCUUGUACCAAAUAUACAUGACCAAAAGCUAUUGCAGUCGUUGUCCAGUGGAACAAAAUAGAACCAACAGAUUCAAUGGGUAGCCAACUUUCCAUUUACUGUAAGCUACCACAACACCCAUCACUUUAAUGAAUGGAGUGUGGUACAUUGCAGAGACCUCUGGAGUAGGCUCACUGAGUCAAAUUAAUCUCUAUGGCACCUGUCUUCAUGAAUGAGGAAAACAUUUUUCCUCCUAGUGGUGUUCCUAAGUGCAGACAACAGAGGCAUAGCUCCAAGGGGGCGGGGGGUGCAUGACGCACUGGGGCGAGGGCAAUCUGGGGGCAUUCCGGAGUGGGGAGGAUGGGGGCAUGGCAGGGACGGAGGACACACCAGUGCACUGGGCGCUUUCCCCCCUCGCUCCGUACCUUGGCAGACAAUUUACUUUGCCAUAGGAGUGAGUAGAAAUCAUGCCUUUAUUUGGGAGAAAGUCAAGUAUGAAGUCAUACUGCUGUGUUGGGGGACAAACCCUGACCUUGGUGACCUUACCUUCUUGUAUGGGAGGUUUUGUUCUUCUUGCAACCAUUUGUAUAAUAGCAGCUUCCUGUGUAGCUUAAUGAAAGGCAUUGACAAUCAGGUCUUCACUUUUACAUAGGUUCUUCUCGGGUACCACACCUUUGUCAUAGUAAAGUGUAAGCACUAGAGAACACAAAGGGACCGAAUCCAGGAGCAGCUUUACUCUCAGCCCUGACCCUGGCUAGUAUUUGAAUGGGAGACCCUCAAGGAACACCAGGGUUGGGAUGGGGAGGCAGGCAAUGGCAAAUCACCUCCAAAUGCCUCUUGUCUUGAAAACCCCAUAAGUGGUCGCCAUAAGUAAGUUGCAAUUUGAUGACAAAUAUACAUAUAUAAGCUGAUCAAAGCUGUGUUUUUAAUUUAAGAAGCGCAUGUGUCUCAUUUGCCUCAUCCCAGAUUCAGCUUAACUUCAUAUUUAAUGUUGACCAAUGUCAUUGCAAUCAUUAAGGCCAGACUAGAUGUGGCAACCACAAGGAAGCUGCUGCCAUUUUGUAGUCAUUUAAAAAUGUCACAAGGGUCCAGUUCUUACUGGGCUUGCAACAAGAUGCUUUUAUUGUUCCCCAUGCUUUUAUAAGUGACAAAAUAGCCAUGGGUGGUAGUGGUGGGGUUAUGGCUAUUUCAGCACAUGAUAAGGGGUAUUGGGAGCGGGGUGGUGAUGAGCACCUCAGCCCACUGUGCUGUGGGCUCUCACAGCACUUUUUAAAUGACUACUUUAAAAUGGUAGUAUCCACACAGUGGCCAUGAAGAUGGUAUCACAUCUGGUUUGGCCUUAAGACUUAAAUAUAACCACAACAGUUUUGCAGUGCAGUUGCAAGCACGGUUAUACCUUUAUAAGUCCAUUGAAGUCAAUGGGCUUGGCGGUGGAAGAAAGUGCUGUCACGUCACAGCUGACCUAGGGUAACCCUGAGGGUUUUCAAGGCAAGAGAUGUUUGGAACUGGUUUGCCAUUGCUUGCUGCCACAUGGGCUGAGAGAGUUCUGAGAAAACUGUGACUGGCCCAAAGUCACUCUGCAGGCUUCAUGUGGAGAAGCGGUAUGUAAGUCUGUUUAAGAUUGCACUGCAACUGUAUUGGACACUCAUAUAUUUGAAGUUACACAUAGACUCAGCUGAAAGAUUCAGAUACUCAGGUUUGCAGAAUAGGCUAUAUCAUUUUUUUUAGAGUUUCUACUGUGAGAGGUACUCUGGAUUGUUGACAUAUCCAGAUAACUAUUUGGCCUAGGGGGAGCAAUGUGAAUAAUUCACACAGCUGUAAGUUCUGCACAUGAUCAGGGGAACACCGGAAGAACCUCAGCAUGUCAUGUUUGGACUGACCAUUGUCUUCAACAUUCAUACAGAAUUGCAUCCCUAAUGAAUCAACGGAGCAGGUGAAAAGUAGGAACAGCACAAUUUCCCUGGUGUAUUUUACUGCAGAAGGUUAUACAGUUCUAGUAGUGUUUCUUUGGAAGAGCUGCUUACAAGCUUUAAGAACAAAUGACAGCAGCAAAUGAACCCAAGCCUUAAUAAUGCAAUAGAAACAGCAAAACCUUUAACAGGUGAUGUGCAUCUAGAGAAUAUGCUUUCAGUGAAAGCAAGUGAGAAGAUUUUAAAAGUGACAAAUGUCAUACUGUUUUCUAGUUUGUACAUUUCAGAAUAUUUUGUACUUCUGUUCUUAAAUUGUUUAUUUUUGUAAGAAAAUAAAAUCAAAUGGAUGAA